AUGCCUUCGUUGCCAGAGGACAGCCAGUCGAUAGCAGCAGGCCCCUCGGCCUUCGUCAUUGACGAUGAAGGAGGGCAUUCAAGCUGGAUUGAACCUCCAAACGGGCAGGCAUCUCAACUAGACAACGGUAACCAGCAUAGCAUCGAGGCAGCUUCUUUAGGUCUCAAAGCACCCAACUUCCCAUCAAUAUCCUCUCCAUCAAGGACACCAACGUCACUACCAGCCUCUCUACCUCGAUAUCUUAGCACACAAUCAUUAGGUCGGGCAGCAGGCACAUCAGCACGCACUAGCAUGCAUUCAACACGUCGACCACCUCUCGUCGACCGGGUCACCUCCUCACGAUCGCUCUUCUUACCCUCGGUCAGCUACUCAUUACCACAAGACCGCGAUCAUGACGGCGGACAAGGAGGCGAUGGCUGGCGAGCAACCGCAGUUGGCGCAACACCUUUGGACCGCACAAUGGACCGCAUCGGCAUGGGUCGAUACCAAUGGACAGUCCUCAUCCUUUCCGGUCUCGGCUGGGCAGCAGACAACAUGUGGAUCCAAGCGAUAGCCAUCAUUCUCCCGCACAUCCAAAGAUACUUUGUUCUCUCAGACGGCAUCGUUGGGCUAGCAAGCUCUUCCAUCUUCGUUGGCAUGUUCAUUGGGUCAAUUGCUUGGGGUACUAUCUCGGACGCAUACGGCCGCAGAGCAGCAUUCAACGUGACGCUGGCUGUCACGGCGAUCUUCGGUAGUCUUUCAGCUGUAGCUGGCUCCUUCCCGCUUCUGUGCCUGCUGCUUUUGGCUGUUGGAACCGGGGUGGGAGGCAGUAUGCCAACUGACUCUUCGAACUUGGUGGAGAAUCUGCCGGUUCGAAAGCAUAGCUACGUGACGGCCUUGUCGGUAUUCUUCUCGGCAGGAUCGGUCGUGUCGUCGCUCAUUGGGCUGGCUGUGCUUUCAGCUCAUGAUCCCCAAGGUUGGAGGUGGUUGUUGGGUGCACUAGCCUUCGUUACAGUGCUAUUUGUUUCGGCUAGAGUGGUGUUCUUCAAGCUGCUGGAAUCACCCAAGUAUCUGGUACACGCGGGCAGACCACAAGAGGCGAGAGAGAUUCUGCAAAAAAUUCACAAGUACAAUGGUGGAGCUGCAAUACGGCUUCGUAUACAAGAUGUUGAGGAUGAUGGUCAUGCGAAUGGCCUGAGUGGUGGGGAAGAUCUGGAGAGCAGUCAACACUCGAUGCAUCAGAGACCUUCUUCCUCGGCGUUCUCAGUCAAGGCCACGGCGCCUGCAGACGAGACAGAGGAGCGCAGUCGUGCAACUCCGGCUCGUGCCGAAUACGCAGCAGACGAAUAUGGAGCGGUUGAGACUCGAGGCCAAGAUGCCGCAAGACCUUUGCUCGAUCAUACCGACGACGAUACAGCUGAGGACUCGAGAAAGAGCGACGAAGAGACCAGUGUGCACGAACGAAAUGGCAGCGCGAUCACACUACAGGGAAGAACUGCUGCCUUGCCCGCAUCACUCGCCUGGCUGCCCGAAAGCUGGCAUCCGAGCGCAGCAGACUUGGCAUCUCGAUACAGCGAGAUGUUGUCACCCGAAUGGAAACGCACCACUGUUCUCAUCUGGAUCAUCUGGGGAGGCAUGUCGUACGGAUUCACAACCUUCAACGUGCUCCUGCCUAAGCUGCUCGAACAGCGUUACGAGGCUCCCACCUCACCCUCCACUCUGCAAGUGCCGGCGAUGGCAGGCGAACGAGACGAGGCAUCAAUCCGUCGAGCGAUGUUAGACAUCCUAGUCUACUCGCUCUCGUCCCUUCCGGGCAGCUUAAUAUCAGCAUACAUGGUCGAGACGAGACUGGGAAGGAUAGGCACCAUGGUCAGCUCUGCUGCUGUCAUGGCUGCUUCUGUGUUGCUUUUUUCGCUCACGUAUUGGAGAUCAAGCUUGACGGUGGUGUCCGUAUCGAGCUCGAUAUCGUACGCUGCUAUCUAUGGCUACACGCCAGAAGUGAUGGCCCCAACCAUCAGGGCAACGGCAUGCGGGACUGCCUCGGCUAUCAGUCGAGUAGCGGGUAUUGUAGCGCCCUUGUUGGCGGGAUGGGCUUUCUCGCUGUCACCUGCAGUGCCGUUGUUUAUGGCAACGUUGGUGUUACUGGUUGUGACGGGAGCUAUGGCGUUGCUGCCUAUCGAGACACGUGGUAGAGCUAUGGAUGCCUCUCGACCUGCAGACGGAGCUGCUGUUCAUUGA